AAUUUUCAGCGUUUUUACUUUCAUCAGCAAAAAAAAUACAAUGGCUUCCCCACAUGAAUGCAAGGCAAUAAAAUACAAUUCCAUGGUACCUGAUGGAGGAUGGGGCUAUUUAGUGGUUUUUUCGUCAACACUAUUCGUGAUAUUGUCGUUGGGCCCUGCUGUAAGUAUUGCCUCGAUAUUUGGGCCGUUUUUAUCAAAUCAUCACGACGAAUUGAGUGCGACGACUACGUUAACAUCAACAUACGGCGCAGUUUUUCACUUGACAGGAUUAAUUACGAAUGUUCUUUUGCAAAAAGUAUCAUUUCGAACUGUUGCUUUCAUUGGGGCAUUAUUAAACAGUAGUGGAAAUUUCGCCGCAAUAUUUGUCACCGAUUUGCAAUUCCUCAUACUAAGUUACGGAGUAUUCCAAGCUAUUGGAAAUGGUUUGCUUAUACCAUCAGCUUUUACAGCAUUAAACGAAUAUUUUGAUAGUAGGAAAACGUUUGCAAUAGCAAUUUGCCAUACAAUAGUGGGAGCAACAUUAAUGAUUUAUCCUGCGAUUGCUCAACUGCUAAUGGACAACUACGGAUUUAGAGGAACCCAAGCGAUAGUGGCCGCUUUUAGUUUCAACAGUUUUUUCGCGGCAUUCGUUUUACAUCCUGUUAAAUGGCAUAUGAAGAAGAUACCAACCUCAAACGAAACGCCGAAUUUUUCAGAGCUUUCUUUACACAAGAAGAAACAUCAUCGAAGCAAUAAAGAAUUUUCCGAAACUGCAUCAAAUGAAUUUGAAUCGCGAGAAUUGUUGAAUGAAAAUCUAACUGAAAUAUUAUCAGUAGAGAAAAAAUCGUUAUCAAAAUCGUUAACUUCAAUUGCGAGCUUUGGAAAUGCAGUAAUUUAUGUGGAACUUCGAAAGAGAACACAAAAAUCGUCCUUGUGGAACUCAGUAGACUUUUCCGUUUUAAAAGACCUUAAUUAUUGGAUAAUAAUUUUUGCACUCAGCAUCUCUUUGACAUCCGAAAUGACUGUAAUGUCCUUGCUUCCUGUAUUUCUUCUAAACAAAGGUUUCAACAAUAGCGAUGUAACACUAAUGAUGACCACCUUUUUUGCAACAGACUUGAUAGUAAAAAUAGGAAUAAGUUUGAUAACAGCUUUUUAUAAAAUUAAAACUGCUGAAAUUUACUUGGCUAACGCUAUCCUUACAGUUAUUUUCAGGAUUGCAUUUACAGAAAUCAAUUCGUUUUGGUUCUCGGUAAUUUUAAGCGGAUUAUUGGGUGGUGCGAGGUGUUGUAUUCAUGUCUUAAACUUGUUAAUUUUAACCGAGAUAUACACAGACAAGUUUGCAAGCGCUUAUUCGCUAAACAUGGUAUUUUCUGGAAUUUUUGCAAUGAUCUUUGGGGUCAUGGUUGGUUUCAUUAAAAAUACAACCGGAAGUGAUUCUUUAGUCUUAUACAGUUUAACAGCUGCCCAAAUAGUGUGUAUCCUUCCUUGGUCAAUAAAAUUACUCUACAGUUUUAUAAAGGAAACAAAAUGACAAAAACAUUACCUAAAAAUUCCAUAUUAUAUUAAGUAAAAUAUCAGGAAAAAUUAUUUCUUCCUUCUUUAAAGAAGGAUAUCUUUGUAGGUAUGGGACUAUUAAAAACAAAACAAGCGUUUAAAUAUGUAUUUACAUUUAAUUUGUAGCAAAAUGCAUUCACAGCAGUAUUGUUAUUACCCAUAAAAAAUGACAAUAUUUUUUAUUAUAAUAAUAUUCUACAACAGUUAUACCUUUGGUUACAAAAAUAUUUUAUUCAAUAAGCAUCGUUAUUACACAAAUCGAGACUUAAUCAGUUAAUUAGUAAAAUGCUGUAGACAUAAAAAGUAUUAGUUGAAUAUAAAUUCAACAAAAAUAGUACGCAUAUGAAAUCUAUGAAAAAUAAAUUUGUAAAUUAAAUGAUACUUAAGUAAAUAAAUGCAGGUAUUCACAUAUAAGAUGAGUCGCCACAAAAUUUUGUUUAAAUGCUUAAUUAUUCUAUUAUGAAAAAGUAGGAACAGCUAUUUUCAUUAAUUAAUUAUAUUGU